AUGCCUCACUUUGCAAACCCUCUCUUAAGAAACAUCAUUAUCAGAAGUCAAUUUGAUAGCAUCAGGAGGAAGCAGUGCCUCCAAUAUCUGAAAACCCUAAGAAUGCUGCAAUCUGAUGGAUUUAAGACUGUAUAUUUUGGGGAAACCAAUAUUCCAGAAAGCCUUGUGAUGGGGCAAGACUUUAGUGAUGGAUAUUUCAUUCAAACUCCAAAUUGGUGUAUCGUGCACGCCGGUGGUAGUCAAGGAUGGGUGCCUUGGAAAUACCGGAUGUUCCUAAAAGAUGAGCUGUGUAACAAACCAGAAGACAGCCUCUUCUCUGAGUUCUGCGAUGUGGUGAGAAAGGCUUACGGGAAGUGUGCCAUCGUGGUCAAAGACAGAAGGCUGCAGGAGGAGCUGAGGCCAAAGGAAGACAGAGAGGCUGAGGUCCAGCCCUACAUCCCAAAGGUCAUUAACUUAACCAGCAUUGUGUGCUGCCCAGAGGUGGCCAAGUCCCACGGCCACGAACUACUCUCUCUGCCAUCCCUUUGCAAUUACCUGAGCCCUUUAGACACAGCCUGGUCUUCCCUGAAAUGGUUUAUCAUCAAUAACAGAAAAGAGUUUUGUUUGCAGUCCAUUGACAGUAUCUAUUCGUACCAGUAUAUACUUUUAAGUGAUUUAAUUAGCAAAGGGAUUGCAAGGAUAAACCCAAGCAAGUGGAAAACUUUAACUAACAAAGUACAGAGAUGGGAAAACUACUAUCUUGGGAAAUUUUCUUAAGGACAAUUCCUCCAACAAGCAGUGAGACUCUGCUAUGUGUCCAGUCUUUACCACCAACUUUGUGGAGCUCGAGUCCAGAGCACUGCGGCCAAAGAGACUUCAACAGCGACCUCACAGGGGUGCUGCAAGGACUGAGGGCUUCCUAAGGAUGUUAGCAAAUUGCUUUGAGUUCACUGGAGGUUUCAUUAAAGCUUAUUGGUAAAUGAGGGAUCUCAACUCGCA